GCAGAUUUGUCGCAACAGUCCAGGCCAUGCUGCAACUCUCCCGUUCCACCGCAACCCAAAGCCGCUCUAUUGGAUUAAGAUCAGGGUUAAUGGCGUUAUGUCUCGGACAUGAUGUCCAGCUGCGUCCUUUGCUGUGUCCUCUUUGGGAUCAUGCUCACAUCCACAAGUAUUCCUGUAUCAGCUGUUUAUUCUGUACAAGGAAAGUUUAAUCAGUCUGCUGCUCUGCCCUGUGAUUGGAGGUGUUCUGGUUUGGCCAAAUGGACUCUGUUCAGUAACCCAGGUGAUGUAGUGGCUGAGUGUGAUCAGACAUCCUGCAGGUCAGUAAAGGAGGGGUUUAACAUGUCCCAUGAUCAGUACCUGAAGGGAGAUCUCACCCUCACCGUCACUGCGGUUGAUGACAGGAAGAGGAACACAUACACGUGUCAGUGUGAUGGGAAAGGCGUUAGUGAUGUGCGUCUCACCAUUAAGAAACUUAUAUCAUCAGUUCAGCUAAAGCCUGGUGAAGAUCUGCUGCUGGACUUGCACACAUCCAAACGAGUGGCAGUACUCUAUAACCACAAAAAUCCAGAUGAUGAGCAGAUCUGCACUUUGGACAGAAGCUCACUACACUGUACAGCUGAAUACACACCGAGAACAUCACUCACUAACACACUACUCACACUGAGAGGAGUAAAGUCAAGUGAUAGAGGAGUUUACACCAUCAGAGACACAGAGAAUAAUGAGGAUCUUCAUAUUUACACAGUUCUUGUUGAAGCUACUAGCCAUGCUCCACAUCCAGACAGUGCUGCGAUCGUGUGGGUGAGUGUAGUAAUAGCGCUUGUGGUUGGUGGAAUUGUUGUUGCGCUGUGUGUGAGGAGGUUUCUACACCUGAGGAAUCAACCGCGACAGCAAGGAGCUGUGAACUCCUCAGAGAGAAAACCUCUACACAACAGUCCAUCAGAAGAGAAUCCCAUACCCCUGAACUAUAAUGGAGUAACAGGAGGACCAAGGUCUCCAGGUCCAAGUGGAACUAUGGGGCAUUUCUUUGGCAGGCUGGGUAGUUUGAAUGAUUUUGACUCACAGGUAGUAAGUGGAGCAGAUGGAGAAUUGAGGUUGAACAACCACACAGCAGCUGUUCAGCUGAACAUCCAGGAGGAAGAGCUCACACAAACAUCCAACACUGGAGGACAAUAUAGACCUUACCGUCGGAGAUCCUACAGUGAUUCAGCUUUAUUACAACUAAUUAGUUACAAUGGCCAGAUGACCAAGCCCAGGCUGCAAGCCACCUGCAGCUUAGUGGCAGAAGAGAUGUUAAUGAAAGUUAAGGAACUUGAGGAGUUCAAACAGAGGCACAGCAAUCUAUUAGAAAAUCAAAAUAUCAUGUUGAUGACGGAACAUUUUAAGAAGGAGCUGGACGACCUGGAUAUGAUCGAAGAGUGGAGUCGCAAAUCCAAAGAAAUGAUAACACAUUUAAUACAGCAGUGUGACCAGGAAGCAGGAAAGGGGCACAAAAGAGCGCACUCUGAUAGCGCCAAACUGUGAUUGUAUAUUAUAAUAGGGUUUGAAGAAAACAAACAAAGAAUACUGUCCACAUGUACCAUGUUUUAUAAAAUGCAUGACAUUCUGAGCCGGAGGAUAUGAUUAUUACUGAACUGCAUCACCCUUGAUGUCCAGGCAGUUUAAAUGUGAACAUUUCAUUGCUAAAAUAGCCCUAUAUCAAGAUAAUUAACUACAGU